AUGAAUCAUCCACGCGAACCCCCGCGACUGCGGCAAGGACUUAAUCCUUUAGUAACCUCGUCCCUCGGAGGGCAUUAUCACCCGCACGGCGUGCCGCUGUCUGCUGUGUCUUUGACCUCCAGCAAUCUGUUCGCACUUCAAACACCUGUCAAUAGUGCCAUCCAGCCCUACAACCCCCAGGAAUGGGUCGGCUCUCCCGUCGUCAGCGCGGAUAGAUCGCAUCCAUUUCCUGACAGUCAAGUUUCGCCUCCACCCCCUCCUCCUUACAGCCCGCCAUGGAAUCAGCAACGCCCGGGGAGCUGCAAUUUUGACUCGCCAUCAGGCGCCAAUACGUCCACACCACGGAUGCCAACAACGAACAUUCACCGACCUUCUCCAGAGCCUGUAGCACAAACGUCCUUCCCGCCACCGCCGGGGACUACCGGUCGUGGUAGCUCCCGCGAAAGGCGCUUCGGCUUGUCUUUUCGGCGACACCACCACCAAGACCAGUCGAAUCCUCCCGAGUUUGUCCCGCCUGUUCCCUCUGCUCCGAGGCCCCCCCCCCCACCCCAGAUACAGAUUCCGCUCGCGCAACCCAUUCCACAGCGAACAGGAUCCAACUCCUCUCAAGGACCGCCUGGCGCUCGCCGGGCUGUAUCUACGGGAGCUAUUGAAACACCCACGUCGGCCAGGUCACGAUCCGCGUCUCAGAUCAGAUGGGAGCCGGGCAUGCCUGUUCCGCCGCCGCCACCGGGACCCCCCCCUGCUUCCUCUCGAUCACAAAGUGUCCAGGACGUCAGCAGGUCAAGCGAACCCAUCGUAUCGCCUCCCACCAGGCGGCCUCCGCCGAGUAAUGGUUCCGCUUUGGGACCGGUCCCGCCGACACCGGCCGACUGGGAUCCUCAGGACAACCAGGAUGUCACUCCCGGAAGGGCACGACCCGUCAAUCUCACCAUCGACACAGCCAACGCUGCAAGUGCGGCCCAAGCAAUUGAACCAGAUUCCUCAGUCGAAUUAAUGUCAGCCGCGCCGCUCUCCCGUACGGGAGCCCUACGACACGACAAGACCAUUGUCCAACGGCGAGCUGAGAGCCGGACCCGGGAAGCCAGCACGUCGGAUGAUCCUUCAGCCCAUCCGAUACAGCUCGCGGACAUAGUAGUACCCAACGCGACAACGCUUUCUCGAAGGCGAACCAUCAACAAAUCAACGCCAAGGAGCGCUGGGCGAACGGUACACGACACUCCUCGAACCGGAGAGGGCGAGUCGUCAAACCGAGGCUCGCGCAACUUGACCCCAAAACCACAAGGAUCCGCCCAACACCCGAAUCACGAGAUGACGACACCACCUUUCUCGCCCCAUCCUCAGAAGGCGGUGGCCAUGACGGACACGGCUUCAUCAAGCGUCGUACCCAAGGCGCUGCCGACACCUCCUGCCCAGAGUCGGUCAAACUCGGCGUCUCAGCAACUACGGGAUGCUCUGACGCCAGACGAUGCGCUUCCGCUCUCUUCUACCAUCUCUAGGCAGCUGGUCGUCUCCCAAACGACAGAUCAGUUCUGUCAGGGCACUAUCGAAAGGUUCCAGGCGUUCGCCAUGAAGGAAGCUGCCGCGGCGACGGAUGUAGAUCGCGUCCGUCUGUUCGCUGAUUUCAUUGUCAACGAAUCGCGAAUUCGGCGGGAAAGGUACGCUUCCGCCAUCGGCGCCAUGGGCUCUGAGAUAUUUGACUUGACCCGAGACCUCUUCCGGCCGAUGUCUUCGAGACGGGCGUCGGGUGUUUUCCAUGGCGAAAGCGAAUACACGCCGCGGUCGUCAGAACCUUCUCGAUCUCACCGCGGUUCGAUGAAUUCCCUCUAUCGGGACAGCGGGGGCCCAUCGAGCUCCUCCGCGCCACCUUCCGCCGGCAUACCGAGCUCGCCGGGGAAACCGCUCACCACGAACAAUGGGAACUGGUCAUCCAACUACAUGCCGUCUUUGUCGCCGAUUCUGAGCCUCAGUGUCAGUGGUAAUGGCGACGGCAGCUCGAGGGGGCGUCCGUCGAGCAGGUGGUGGGAAACAGACUCCACUGGGAACGGGAACAACGGGCUUGAACGAUCGAAGCGGGAGUCGAAAUACAUGGGUAUGCCGAAGGAAGCACGCGAGGCUCUCCAAUGGGCAGAGAGUCCCAUCCAGGAGGAAGCCUACACGGCGUCGAGCGAACGAGAUUCCUCCAGCAGCUACCCGGCCGAGAAGACGGGUUGGCAUGAUCCAGAGCCGCUCCUGACGCCGCAGCCCUCCCGGACGUCCGCGCAAUCCUUUGCCUCUUCGUCCGCCCCCUCUACACCCAACCCGGCUCACCUGGACGUUUCGCGUCUUAUCACCCUGCCGCCACCGUAUCCUCGCCACUACCCCGCCGUGAACAACAACCACCCCGAGCUCGCGGCGAUGCGGACGACGGUCCGACAGAUCAGCGACCUGACCGAGGUGGAGGCCACCAAGGAGAGGUUUCAGCAAACCAGCCGGAAGAAGCGGGACGAGGCGACCAAAGCGGCGACAGAACGUCGCGCCGCGCUCCGGAAGAACCUGCAACAGGAGAUCAACUCGGGGAACAUGAGCUUCGAGGAGGCGUCGGCCAUCGACCAGGACUCCAGCGCGGCGGAGAAGGAGACGGUCAAGGAGCUGGAGAGGACAGAUUUCGAACUCUUCCAGAGUCAGGUGGUGGCGCCGCUCAACGACCUGCUCACGGGCCGCAUCGCCAAGGCUACGGCCCUCUUCGACGACUUCUCGAACCGUUUGUUUGACGACGACGUGGAAGGGGGCGGCACGGCGGCGGCGGCGGCAGCGGCAGACAUGCCCCAGGAGGAAGGCGACGACCGGCCGGAGCUGCUGGAGAAACUGCGGCUGCUCAAGUGGAUGUUCGAGUGUCGCGAGUCGCUGCACCGGGCCAUUUUCGACCUGCUGUCGGACCGUAACGACCGCUACCGCGACGUGGUGGUGACCCCCUACCGGCUCGCGAACAACGUGGAGAAGGUGCACUCGGCGGAGGCGUUUUUCAAGCAGGACGCGUCACGACGCAGGGCGGCGUUCGCGGCGGAGGUCCUGGACCGGACGAAAGCGUUCCGCGACGUGACGGAACGGACGGUGGUCCGGGGCGUCGAGGUGCAGCUGUCGGCGUUCUGGGACAUCGCGCCGCCCCUGCGGCGGCUCCUGGACAAGAUCCCGACGGACCUCGCCCGGACGACGGGGUUCGGGGUCAAGGUCCCGGCGCAGGAGUACCAGGAGAACCCGUCGUACCGGCAGCACCCGCUGCAAUACCUCUUCAGCCUGCUGCUGCACGCGGAGAAGAGCUCGUAUCAGUUCAUCGAGUCGCAGACCAACCUUCUGUGCCUCCUGCACGAGGUCAAGGAGGCGGAGGCGCACGCUUCGGCCAGCUUGGUGCGGCACCAGGUGGGCGACGACGACGAGAUCGAGCCGACGGCGGAGCAGGCGGCGGAGCGGGAGGCGCGGGCGGAAGCGCUGCGGCGGGAGGAGGAGAAGCGGCUGACGGAGGAUCUCAAGGAGAAGGUCCGCGUCGUGGAGGACCAGUGGCAGAGCGCGCUGGGGGAGGCGAUUAAGCAGGUCAAGCAGGCCGUGGGGGCGUGGCUGCUUCAGACUGGAGGGUGGGAUGAGUCGUUGGAAGAAGGAGGUGUUGGGAGUGUGUGA